CUCUUUCCUCCUGCAGCUUCCUCCUGGUCCUCCCUAAUACACUGAACCAUGGCAUCCACAAAGUACACUGCUUCUGAGGAACAGCUCAACCACAUUGUUGAAGUCUUCCAUAAAUAUUCCCGGAAGUCAGGGGAAGAGGAUGCCCUGGAGCUGAAAGAGUUUGAAGGAUUAAUUAAGGAACAGGCCCCUGAGUUCUUUGAAUAUUUGAAAAAGAACACCACCUCUCUGGCUUCUGUGUUCAAGAAGGCUGAUUUGGACAAUGACAAGCAUAUGUUCUUCUCUGAGUUUGUGUUUGUGUUGGCCUUGAUAGCCAUUGAAAUCCAUGACAAAUACCACCAAGAUCAUGGCCCAGAAGGCCCAGGUGGCCCAGAAGGUCCUGGCCACCAUGGUCAUGGCCACACACAUGGUCACCACCAUUGAGAUCAGAGCUGGAACUAACUAAUCUUUGGAGACCCAGAAUGGAAAACUGUUGGAACACUUGGUCCCUUGACUAGUUUCUGGAUACUAAUGUAGAUUCAAUAAAAAGCUCUCUUUUAACUGA